CACGAUACAUCGAUAUCGAUCGAGCUUUGGACUGCUAUCGAUGUGUGGCAACUCUAGUCUGUCAUAAUUUAACUCGUAAACUAACGAAACAUAUUUUGUAAAGUUUUAAUAAGUACAUUGUCAAAAUUGUUGCCUCUCGAUUGAAUUUCAAGCCAUUUUCAUAAAGUGAAUAUUUUGAGCAUGCGAAAGAGGCGUGGGCGGGCUGAAAGGCCAUGAAUAUCUAUCAAGGUGCUCGUAGCGUUGUCCUGCGGCGCGAACUUGAUCCUAUGUCCACAUUCUAUGAGGAGCGCAGCUUAACGCGUAUGCGGCAUCACUUUGAGUUGCAGGAACCGCCAAUGCCAGGACUCAGUUUCUUUAUUCAUGGAGUAAUACAAUUGGACUGUGAGAACUUCUCAAUUGAUUUCUUUAGCACCAAGCACUGCGAUCAGCAGCGCAGUCACGACAUUCCACUGCGCAUUGGCGCCAGAUUGCCGCAGAACUUUAUGAUCCGCAAUACACGCAUCAUGGAUAAAUGGGGGCUGCAGGAGAACUCUUCAAACUUGCCAUUUCAGCUAAAGCAUGGAGACCCCUUUUGGAUGCAGGUGCUACUCACAGAGGAAUCAUUUUACAUUUCAGUAAACGGAUAUCAUUUUGCUCAAUAUGUUUAUCGCAUGCCAAUCAAAUGGAUCGUUGGCGUCGAUAUACGCGGUGGUGUCUUCGACAUGGUCGUUGAUAAAUUUUACGUUACAGAGUAUCCCAUACGCAUCUCUCACUCCGCGGCUGGCCUAGUGCCCUUAACUGAGGGCAAACCACGGGCCAUGGGCGCACACACGAUGCCCAAUGACUGGCUGCGCAUCGAGGUGCCGUCUAUAUAUCUCAGACAGCAUGAAGAGAUCGUGUCAAAAAUUAAUAUGCCAUUUUACGGAUAUUUGUCAUCGGAUAGAAAACUAAUCGAUGGACGUGCUCUACGCAUUGAGGGACGCGUGCGCCUUAUGCCCCAAGAGUUCCGCGUGGCUUUGCAGUGUGGCCAAAACAUUUGGCCACAGCCAACGGUUUCGUUUAUGUUCAAUCCCACGUUUCUGCGCACCAGCAAAGCCAAGAUGGGCAAAGCAGUCAUAGUCAGGAGUGCGUAUAUAAACGAUGAGUGGGUCAAUAGUGAAGUGUCGCGCCUACACACGCAUUUGGGACCCGGAAAGGCGUUUGUAAUCUUGGUGGCCUGCCGCAAGACUCACUACGAAGUGUAUGUGGACGGUAAAUUGCUGGUUAACUUUCGACACCGCAUGAAUCCAGAGGAUGUGGAUAUGCUUUUCAUAUAUGGAGAUGUCAAGCUAUGGCAUGUUUCUGUUGAGACCUUCCUGUGUCCGCAUCUGCUGAGACUGACUCGAUCCUUUCCCGGUUUACGUUUAACCACUUCUUCGCAUCUCCAUCGCUAAUCUAUUUGUAAUCGACUUUUAAAUUGUGAGAUCAAUAUGUGGUUGUAUUAAAUUGCGGUCUAUGUGUAUAACAAAAUCGAAGCAAAUUGUUCAGAUCUCAACGGAACUAAGCAACCUUUGUCUAUUUGUUGUACAGAGUCCAGAAAUCGCAGCC